CCCUGGCGCUGCUGCUCGGGCGGGCGGGGGCGGCCUGCGCUCCCGCUUCCGGUGUGGUGUCAUGGCGGGCCCUGCGCGCUGAUGGCUGCGGGGAGCUGAGGGCCCCGGAGCCGCGCCAGGGAUACGGAGACCCUCCCUUCGCGUCUCCUGCCGCCCUCCGCUGCGGCCAUCCGCUCCCCCUUCCCUGGCCGGGCAGGCGGGGCGGGGGGGAUAUGGCGGCCCACAAGCCGGUGGAGUGGGUGCAGGCCGUGGUGAACCGCUUCGAUGAGCAGCUUCCAAUAAAGGCUGGCCAGCAGAAUACCCACACCAAAGUCAGUACGGAGCACAACAAGGAAUGUCUCAUAAAUAUUUCCAAGUACAAGUUUUCCCUGGUCAUCAGUGGUCUCACUAACAUCUUAAAAAAUGUUAAUAACAUGAGAAUAUUUGGAGAAACUGCUGAAAAGAAUUUAUAUCUAUCUCAGCUGAUUAUCUUGGAUACACUGGAAAAAUGUCUGGCAGGGCAACCAAAGGAUACCAUGCGACUAGAUGAGACCAUGCUGGUAAAACAGUUGCUGCCAGAAAUCUGCCACUUCAUCCACACUUACCGUGAAGGGAACCAGCACGCAGCUGAACUACGUAAUUCUGCCUCUGGGGUUCUUUUUUCUCUCAGCUGCAAUAACUUUAAUGCUGUGUUCAGCCGCAUUUCCACCAGAUUGCAGGAACUGACUGUUUGUUCAGAAGAUAAUGCUGACGUUCAUGAUAUUGAACUUUUACAGUACAUCAGUGUGGAUUGUUCAAAACUAAAACGACUCUUGCAAGAGACUGUAUUCAAGUUUAAAGCCCUUAAGAAAGUAGCUCAGUUAGCUGUUAUCAACAGUCUUGAAAAGGCAUUUUGGAACUGGGUGGAAAACUAUCCUGAUGAAUUCACAAAGCUGUAUCAAACACCACAGACUGACAUGGCUGAUUGUGCAGAGAAGCUGUUUGACUUAGUGGAUGGCUUUGCUGAAAGCACAAAACGUAAAGCAGCAGUUUGGCCACUGCAAAUCAUACUCCUGGUCCUGUGUCCAGAGAUCAUCCAAGAUAUAGCAAAGGAUGUGGUGGAGGAAACUAAAAUGAAUAAGAAACUGUUCCUGGACAAUCUCAGGAAGGCACUUGCAGGCCACAGUGGGAGCAGACAGCUGACCGAAAGUGCUGCUAUUGCUUGUGUUAAAUUGUGCAAAGCAUCUACCUACAUCAACUGGGAAGAUAAUUCUGUCAUUUUCCUACUAGUGCAGUCCAUGGUAGUAGAUCUUAAGAAUUUGCUGUUUAAUCCAAGCAAACCUUUUUCAAGAGGCAAUCAAAAUGCAGAUGUAGACCUUAUGAUUGACUGCUUGGUUUCCUGCUUCCGCAUAAACCCGCAUAAUAACCAACACUUUAAGAUCUGCUUGGCACAGAAUUCCCCAUCAACAUUCCAUUAUGUACUAGUAAAUUCACUCCACCGAAUAAUCACAAAUUCUGCGCUGGACUGGUGGCCCAAGAUCGACGCCGUGUACUGCCAUUCCAUGGAGCUUCGCAGCAUGUUCAGCGAGACCCUUCACAAAGCUGUUCAAGGCUGUGGGGCACACCCAGCCAUUCGCAUGACUCCGAUGCCAACCAGUCACUGUUUUGCAUGGCAGUGGGCCUCUGUUGCUAGUCUUACGUUUAAGGAGAAAAUGACAAGCCUUAAAUUUAAAGAGAAACCUACUGAUUUGGAAACCAGAAGCUACAAGUUCUUGCUGUUAUCCUUGGUAAAACUGAUCCAUGCUGAUCCAAAGCUUUUGCUGUGUAAUCCAAAGAAGCAAGGGCCUGAGACGCAAGGUAGCACGGCUGAAUUAAUUACAGGCCUUGUACAACUUGUUCCGCAAUCCAGCAUGCCAGAUAUAGCACAAGAAGCCAUGGAGGCCUUGCUAGUUCUUCACCAGUUAGACAGCAUUGACCUGUGGAAUCCUGAUGCACCUAUAGAAACAUUCUGGGAAAUAAGUUCGCAAAUGCUUUUUUAUAUCUGCAAGAAACUAACUAGUCAUCAGAUGCUCAGCAGUACAGAAAUCCUCAAGUGGCUGCGAGAGAUUCUCAUCUGUAGGAAUAAAUUUCUUCUAAAAAACAAACAAUCAGAUAGGAGUUCCUGCCACUUUCUCUUCCUUUACGAUGUCUCUGGAGGUGGAACUAGUCAAAUGUCUCUUGACCAUGAAGAGAUGAUACGCUGUGCUCCAGGAGCUACCCUCAGGAAAGGGAAAGGAAAUUCUUCCAUGGAAAGUACAGCAGGAUGCAGUGGAACACCGAUUUGUCGCCAAGCCCAAACAAAACUGGAAGUGGCCUUAUACAUGUUUUUGUGGAGCCCGGAUAUCGAGGCGGUCCUUGUUGCAAUGUCCUGUUUCCGUCACCUCUGUGAGGAAGCAGAUAUCAGAUGUGGAGUAGAUGAAGUCUCAGUGCAUAAUUUUUUGCCAAACUACAACACGUUCAUGGAGUUUGCAUCUGUUAGCAAUAUGAUGUCAACAGGAAGAGCAGCUCUUCAGAAAAGAGUGAUGGCAUUGUUAAGACGCAUUGAACAUCCAACUGCAGGCAACACAGAGGCCUGGGAAGAUACACAUGCAAAAUGGGAACAAGCUACAAAAUUAAUCCUUAACUAUCCAAAGACCAAAAUGGAAGAUGGGCAGGUUACUGAAAGUCUUCAUAAGACAAUUGUUAAGAGGCGAAUGUCGCAUGUUAGUGGGGGAGGCUCCAUAGACCUGUCUGACACAGAUUCUCUUCAGGAGUGGAUCAACAUGACGGGGUUCUUAUGUGCCCUGGGAGGAGUGUGCCUACAGCACCGCAGCAAUGCAGGACUAGCGACCUACAGCCCACCUAUGGGCCCUGUCAACGAGCGUAAGGGCUCCAUGAUAUCCAUGGUGUCCACUGAGGGGAACGCAGAGACUCCUGUUAGCAAAUUUAUUGAUCGAUUAUUGACUCUGAUGGUCUGUAACCAUGAGAAAGUGGGACUUCAGAUACGGACUAAUAUUAAAGAUCUGGUGGGUUUGGAGUUGAGCCCAGCACUUUAUCCAAUGCUGUUUAACAAAUUGAAGAAUACCAUCAGCAAGUUUUUCGAUUCUCAAGGACAGGUUUUGCUAACUGAGACCAACACACAAUUUGUAGAGCAAACCAUUGCUAUAAUGAAGAAUUUGCUUGACAAUCAUACAGAAGGGAGCUCAGAACAUCUUGGACAAGCUAGUAUUGAGACAAUGAUGCUAAAUCUGGUGAGGUAUGUGCGUGUGCUUGGAAAUUUGGUACAUGCAAUUCAAAUAAAAACUAAGCUCUGUCAGUUAGUAGAAGUAAUGAUGGAAAGGAGAGAUGACCUUUCGUUUUGCCAAGAAAUGAAAUUUAGGAACAAAAUGGUGGAAUAUUUGACAGACUGGGUUAUGGGAACAUCUAAUCAAGCAACAGAUGAGGACGUGAAAUGCUUGACAAGAGAUUUGGACCAAGCAAGCAUGGAAGCAGUGGUGUCUCUUCUUGCUGGGCUUCCACUACAGCCAGAAGAAGGAGAUGGUGUUGAGUUGAUGGAAGCGAAAUCUCAGUUAUUUCUUAAGUAUUUCACACUGUUUAUGAACCUUCUAAAUGACUGUAGUGAAGUUGAAGAUGAAAGUGCCCAAACAGGUGGCAGGAAACGCGGAAUGUCUCGGAGGCUGGCGUCGCUGCGGCACUGCACUGUUCUUGCUAUGUCAAAUUUACUCAAUGCAAAUGUGGACAGUGGUCUUAUGCACUCAAUAGGCUUGGGCUAUCAUAAAGACCUCCAGACAAGAGCUACGUUUAUGGAAGUCCUCACCAAAAUUCUGCAGCAGGGAACAGAAUUUGAUACCUUAGCAGAAACAGUGCUAGCAGAUCGCUUUGAGAGACUGGUGGAGUUGGUUACCAUGAUGGGUGAUCAGGGGGAGCUUCCUAUUGCUAUGGCUUUAGCCAAUGUGGUGCCUUGUUCUCAGUGGGAUGAGCUAGCUCGUGUCCUGGUCACGCUCUUUGAUUCCCGACACUUGCUCUACCAGCUACUCUGGAACAUGUUCUCGAAGGAAGUUGAACUAGCAGAUUCCAUGCAGACACUCUUUCGAGGAAACAGCUUAGCCAGUAAAAUAAUGACUUUCUGUUUUAAGGUAUAUGGUGCUACAUAUUUGCAGAAGCUUUUGGAACCUUUGUUAAGGACUGUGAUCACGUCCUCUGAAUGGCAGCAUGUUAGCUUUGAGGUGGAUCCAACAAGGCUGGAGCCUACAGAAAGCCUUGAAGAGAAUCAGCGGAGUCUCUUGCAAAUGACAGAAAAAUUUUUUCAUGCAAUCAUUAAUUCUUCUUCGGAGUUCCCACCACAACUUCGCAGUGUGUGCCAUUGUUUAUACCAGGCAACUUGCCACUCUCUACUGAAUAAAGCUACCGUAAAAGAAAAAAAGGAAAACAAAAAAUCAGUGGUUAGUCAGCGAUUUCCUCAGAACAGCAUUGGCGCAGUUGGAAGUGCGAUGUUCCUUCGGUUCAUCAAUCCUGCGAUCGUCUCCCCUUACGAGGCAGGGAUUUUAGAUAAAAAGCCUCCACCAAGGAUUGAAAGGGGAUUGAAGCUGAUGUCAAAGAUACUUCAGAGUAUUGCCAACCAUGUCCUGUUUACAAAAGAAGAACAUAUGAGGCCUUUUAAUGAUUUUGUAAAAAGCAAUUUUGAUGCAGCACGAAGGUUUUUCCUUGAUAUUGCAUCUGAUUGCCCAGCUAGCGACACUGUCAAUCACAGCCUGUCCUUCAUCAGCGAUGGCAACGUCCUUGCUUUGCACCGGUUGCUGUGGAACAAUCAGGAGAAAAUUGGCCAGUACCUUUCCAGCAACAGGGACCACAAGGCUGUUGGAAGACGACCUUUUGACAAGAUGGCUACUCUUCUUGCCUAUCUGGGUCCCCCUGAGCACAAACCCGUGGCAGAUACCCAUUGGUCCAGCCUAAAUCUCACUAGUUCCAAAUUUGAAGAAUUUAUGACAAGGCAUCAGGUACAUGAAAAAGAGGAGUUCAAAGCACUGAAAACAUUAAAUAUUUUCUACCAAGCUGGGACAUCAAAAGCUGGCAAUCCUGUUUUCUACUAUAUUGCUCGGCGAUUCAAGACUGGCCAGAUCAACGGAGAUUUAUUGAUAUACCAUGUACUGCUAACUCUGAAGCCAUACUAUGCAAAGCCAUAUGAAAUUGUGGUGGACCUCACACACGCUGGCCCCAGUAAUCGCUUUAAAACAGACUUUCUUUCUAAAUGGUUUGUAGUUUUUCCAGGCUUUGCUUAUGAAAAUGUCUCAGCAGUUUUUAUUUAUAACUGUAACUCUUGGGUCAGAGAAUACACCAAAUACCAUGAAAGGCUCUUGACAGGUUUGAAAGGAAGCAAAAGGCUUAUUUUCAUAGACUCUCCGGGGAAGCUGGCGGAGCACAUCGAGCACGACCAGCAGAAACUCCCAGCAGCUACCUUGGCUUUGGAGGAGGACUUGAAAGUAUUCCACAAUGCUCUCAAACUGGCUCAUAAAGACACCAAAGUUUCUAUUAAAGUUGGGUCAACAGCUGUGCAGGUGACAUCGGCAGAACGAACAAGAGUCCUGGGCCAAACAGUGUUUUUAAAUGAUAUAUACUAUGCCUCUGAAAUUGAGGAAAUAUGUCUUGUCGAUGAGAACCAGUUUACCUUAACGAUUGCCAACCAAGGCACACCGCUCACCUUCAUGCAUCAGGAGUGUGAAGCCAUCGUUAGGUCCAUCAUUCAUAUACGGACACGGUGGGAGCUGUCACAGCCAGACUCCAUCCCACAGCACACUAAAAUUCGUCCCAAGGAUGUCCCUGGAACACUACUGAACAUAGCGCUGCUCAACCUGGGAAGCUCAGACCCCAGUUUGCGGUCUGCUGCCUAUAAUCUUCUAUGUGCCUUAACCUGUACCUUUAAUUUAAAGAUUGAGGGCCAGUUACUGGAAACUUCAGGUCUGUGUAUUCCUGCCAACAACACGCUAUUUAUUGUAUCUAUUAGUAAGACUCUUGCAGCUAACGAGCCACACCUUACCUUAGAGUUCUUGGAAGAGUGUAUUUCUGGAUUUAGCAAAUCUAGUAUUGAACUGAAACAUCUUUGUCUGGAAUACAUGACUCCCUGGCUGUCCAAUCUGGUCCGGUUCUGUAAACACAAUGACGAUGCGAAGCGCCAGCGAGUCACUGCUAUUCUUGAUAAGCUUAUAACAAUGACAAUAAAUGAAAAACAGAUGUAUCCUUCCAUUCAAGCUAAGAUAUGGGGAAGUCUUGGACAGAUAACAGAUCUCCUUGAUGUAGUGCUGGACAGUUUCAUCAAAACUAGUGCCACAGGGGGCCUAGGGUCCAUAAAAGCUGAGGUUAUGGCAGACACAGCUGUGGCGCUUGCUUCUGGAAAUGUAAAAUUGGUUUCAAGCAAAGUGAUUGGAAGAAUGUGUAAAAUAAUCGACAAGACGUGUCUGUCUCCAACACCUACGCUGGAACAGCACCUGAUGUGGGAUGAUAUUGCAAUUCUAGCACGUUACAUGCUGAUGCUCUCCUUUAACAAUUCUCUGGAUGUGGCAGCACAUCUCCCCUACCUCUUCCAUGUAGUUACUUUACUGGUGGCCACUGGUCCCCUUUCUCUCAGAGCUUCCACUCAUGGUCUCGUCAUCAACAUCAUUCAUUCUCUUUGCACUUGUUCACAGCUUCACUUUAGUGAGGAGACCAAGCAAGUUUUAAGGCUGAGCUUGACUGAGUUCUCUCUGCCCAAAUUUUAUUUGCUGUUUGGAAUCAGCAAAGUGAAAUCAGCCGCGGUCAUAGCGUUCCGAUCCAGCUAUCGGGACAGGUCUUUUUCACCUGGUUCCUAUGAACGGGAGACUUUUGCACUGACUUCGUUGGAAACUGUUACUGAAGCUUUGCUGGAGAUCAUGGAGGCUUGUAUGAGGGAUAUUCCAACGUGCAAGUGGCUGGACCAGUGGACUGAGCUAGCUCAAAAGUUUGCAUUCCAAUAUAACCCAUCCCUGCAGCCAAGAGCACUUGUUGUCUUUGGCUGUAUAAGUAAACGUGUAUCUCAUGGACAAAUAAAACAAAUAAUCCGAAUUCUUAGCAAGGGACUUGAGAGCUGUUUGAAAGGCCCUGAUAAUUACAAUAGCCAAGUUCUAAUAGAAGCUACAGUUAUAGCACUCACCAAGCUGCAGCCUCUUCUUAAUAAGGACUCUCCCAUGCACAAGGCCCUCUUCUGGGUAGCGAUGGCAGUACUGCAGCUAGACGAGGUAAACCUGUACUCGGCAGGUACAGCACUGCUGGAGCAGAAUCUGCAUACCCUGGAUAGCCUUCGAGUGUUCAAUGAUAAGAGCCCAGAAGAGGUGUUUAUGGAGAUCAGGAGACCACUCGAAUGGCACUGCAAGCAGAUGGAUCAUUUUGUUGGGCUAAAUUUCAACUCCAACUUUAAUUUUGCUCUAGUGGGACACCUCCUGAAAGGGUACAGACAUCCUUCUCCUACCACUGUAGCAAGAACAGUAAGGAUUUUACAUACACUACUAGCUCUGGUUAACAAACACAGGAACUGUGACAAGUUUGAGGUGAACACCCAGAGUGUGGCUUACCUAGCAGCUUUGCUGACAGUAUCUGAGGAAGUUCGAAGUCGCUGCAGCCUAAAACAUAGGAAGUCUCUCUUGUUGACAGACGUUUCAAUGGAAAAUGUUCCUAUGGAUACAUAUCCCAUACAUCACAGUGACACUAGCUAUAGGACACUAAAGGAAAAUCAACCAUGGUCAUCACCAAAGGGGUCAGACAGACAUCUGGCUGCCAGUUACCCGACAGUGGGACAGAUAAGCCCUCGAACACGAAAAUCCAUGAGUUUGGAUAUGGGGCAGCCUUCACAAGCGAACACUAAAAAGCUUCUAGGUACAAGGAAAAGUUUUGACCAUUUGAUAUCGGACACAAAGGCUCCUAAAAGGCAAGACAUGGAAUCUGGAAUCACAACGCCUCCCAAAAUGAGGAGAGUAGCCGAAAAUGAUUAUGAAAUGGAAACCCAGAGAAUAUCACCACAGCAACACCCGCAUCUUCGAAAAGUUUCCGUUUCUGAGUCAAAUGUCCUCCUAGAUGAAGAAGUUCUGACUGACCCCAAAAUUCAAGCACUGCUGCUUACAGUUCUUGCGACGUUAGUGAAGUACACUACUGACGAGUUCGACCAGCGGAUUCUGUACGAGUAUUUAGCAGAAGCCAGUGUUGUCUUCCCAAAGGUCUUCCCUGUUGUGCAUAAUUUAUUGGAUUCCAAGAUCAAUACGCUUUUAUCGCUGUGCCAGGAUCCGAAUUUGUUGAAUCCAAUUCAUGGGAUUGUUCAGAGUGUUGUCUACCAUGAGGAGUCUCCACCCCAGUACCAAACUUCUUAUCUACAGAGUUUUGGAUUUAAUGGGUUAUGGAGGUUUGCUGGCCCAUUUUCUAAGCAAACACAGAUCCCAGACUACGCUGAGCUCAUCGUGAAGUUUCUUGAUGCCUUGAUUGACACGUAUUUGCCUGGGAUUGAUGAGGAGGCCAGUGAAGAAUCUCUCCUGACACCCACGUCUCCGUACCCCCCCGCAGUGCAGAGCCAGCUCAGCAUCACUGCUAACCUCAACCUGUCCAAUUCCAUGACCUCGCUUGCGACCUCCCAGCACUCCCCAGGGAUCGACAAGGAGAACGUGGAGCUCUCGCCCACCACCGGACACUCCAACAGCGGGAGGAUGCGCCACGGCUCCGCAAGCCAAGUGCAAAAGCAGCGAAGCGCUGGCAGUUUCAAACGUCCCAGCAUCAAAAAGAUUGUGUGAUUAUUUCUUUUAAAUUUUGUUUUUUUUUUUGGGGGGGGAAAACUGACUGACACACGCGGGCCUCUCGCAAAGGGCCCUCCGCCAGUUGUGAUGCUGCACUUAAUUUUUAAAGUUCCCAUCCCGUCAGCCGUGUUGCCAGAUGAUCAACUCUUGAACCAUUGCCUGAAUUUUAAUGCCUUCAUUUCUUUCCUUCUGUUUUUGGUUUAAGCCAGUGUUUCAGAACUGCUCGUAUAGAUGCUGACGGACUUUGCAGCCGAAGGAGGCGUGGACUUCUCGAGCACUGCAGAACCGUAUCUUGUCCAAAUACGAAAGCCAUUUCCCAUAGCCAGGUCUACCUUGCUUCUGUUAUCCGCCGCCUCUGUUUCUUCUCUAAAGGAAAGUGUUAAUCCUUAAUCCCGUUUGCACACUUUUCAAGGUAGUGGCUUUAUGAGCCGGGGGAAGUUACUAUAGUCCUGGUUUUAAUUCAAACCUGUUAAGAUUUUUAGCUGUGGACUUUUUUUUACCAUACUUAAAAGAAACUUAUGAUAGCCGCCGUAAAAUGAGCUUAACCAGAAGUGGUUGAUUAGAUUAAAUUUCUAGUAAUUAGCAAUAAAUUUGAGAGGACAAGGGGGCUGCAUGAGUCUCUUUCAUUCCCCAGACCAUAGCUUCACACACUUGGACUGUACAUGGACCAGACUGGACAAACUGGCUUUUUUCCAAAGCAAAAUUUUUUUUUUUUUUUUUGCUGUACUUCAACUGCACUAAAAAAGGUUGUAUAGUGGAAAGAAAAUCAUGGAGAACUGACUAUUACGCUGUUGUUGUAGCAGUGUCGAAAAUGUAUCGCUUCUUUCUUCCAUUUAGCAUACACUUUAGUUUUGCCCUUCCCGACAGUAUGCACCUUGGAGAAAUUCCUGGCAGAAUAACCAGCGGGGUCUGGAGGGGAAAAUUUAAUGAAUUAACUUCCAGCUCUGGGAGGUUGUGUUCGGCAAAGCUGCUUUUGCGCUGCCCGAGCAGGGAUGUGAAUACAGCAACGUUUGCUUAAGGUACAUGAAUUUAAAACUAACUGACACUGUGUCAAAUCCAGGUUACGUUUGAAUGUUUGCAGUGCAAUUCCUGCUCUCAGUACAGAGCUCUGCGGUCGCGCCUGUCCUGCAGAACUUCAGGGGGUUUUAGUCUGGGAGGGUUCGUACUCGGGGGUUCCACAGAACUGAACUUGCUGUCACUGUGAAAGACUUGCCGGCUGCGGUCGUGCCUCAGCGCCGGGCGGCUGCAGAAGGUGCUGCUAUGUCGAGGACGCGUACGGGCGCAGCGCGGGGACCCACGCGAAGGGGCUCCCGGCGGCCCCUGCCGAGCUUCCCACCCACAGAUCCCUGUUGUCUGUUAGAAAUUAACAGUCUGUAAGUGGCUUUAAAGGAAAAAAAAAAAAAAAAGUAUAUCCACUCUAUUAAAAAAAAAAUCCUCUAGUGCAAUUUUGUUAGUGGCUUUCAGUAAAUCAAACUCCACAGCUAAAUUAUUAGAGAAUGGUACAAUUACGUGUUCGGAUUUUAUUGAUAUAGCACAUAAUUCACAUGUAUCCACGCAGUAACAAUGUAACAUUUAUGUAAAUAAAAAUACCUUUAUUGUAUCAAUUCAUAAAAAUAACAAUUUAAUUUCUUUAAUUUGUUUACAGUCCUGGAAAAACUAUGAACACAAACUUAAUAUGCAAAUAGCUUGCUAAAACAAGAGAAAACAGAAUUAGCAGUCGGAAAAUACGAAGCCUCGUGCAAUUAAGCAGCUGUUUGUCCUGGCGGUGGGGCUGGAGCCGGGGGCAGGAGCGGAGCGGGGAGCUGCGCGGCCGUGGGGGCUGCUCCGCUCCCGACCCUGGCGCUGCCGCCCGGCCCGGCCCAGCCCGCCCUUUCCGUUUUGCCGAAGACAAUGAACUGUAGAAGCCAGAAGAUUUGUAGGUAGGAGGAAAAAAGGAUCUCUGGUAAUUUGCUGUUAGUUUUCAGUCGUUUAUACUCCGAGCAGAUUUUCUUUACGUGGCAAUAGUAAUUCCAGCUGAACUACCCGAUCGGUUUGGUUCGGGCUGGGUGCGCUUGAGGACAACUCUUUCAAUAUUUGGCAUUGUCUCUAUAAAAAAAAAAAAGAAAGCGUCCCUAAAUUAGGAUGAAUGCAUUCUUUGAAAAGCAUGUAAUGUGAAAUCAGAGUAGACAGUGAUUAAAAUUACCUUUCACGUGAGAACUAGAACUACUCCAGGCUCUUGGUCCCAGCUGAAAAAAAAACGUUAUCUUCAUAAAGUCAGCCAACAAAAUGUAAUUUACUCUAUUUCCUGGAAGGAGGGAGAGUCGUUUCAUGCUGUCACCCGUGGUUCAGUGAGAGGAGCUGAAUUUCUUAGAGCAGGGGUGUCAGACACGUGGGGGCUGAACUUGGGUGUCAGAGUCGAGGGCCAAGGUUCAAUCCCGGAGCCCGUGCGCCCCAGCCACCGGGACGUUAUCCCCCACUACCAGGAGUUGGGAAGCUUGUGCUUGGAUCAGGGGAAAACACGGCCUUUCUUUAAUGAUUAAACUCCUCCUAGUAAUUAGUUGUUCAGUGCCUUACUGUCACAUCCGUCGCUUCGCCUGCUCCCGCUAACAGCCGCUGCUGUUGCUUGGCCUUUCUGCUCUCCUCCUCGUUCCCUGCUCCCCCUUCCCGUGGGUCCUGCUCCGCCGCGGGGGCUCGCGGGGCUCAGCAGGGACUCGCUGCUGACCGGGGGGGGGUUCAGAGCUCAAAGGCCGAGCGGGAGCCGGCGGCUUCGCGGGGCCCCUCCUGCAGCCUGGCUCUGCAGCCGCGGGGUCUGCCUCCCCUGAAAUGACAACUUCGAGUCAGAAAAACCCCAUUUUAAGAUGUGGACCACAGAACCCCAUCAUGGGGACUGGAUGUCUGACACCCCUGUUUUGGAACACGUUAUCCAUAACGCACUAACUACAGUUAAGUACUGUAAAGAUGAUUAACGUUUUGUUUGUGUUUGUGUUUUCCCUGACUUAAGAGAAUUCAGUAGUAUUUGAGAAUAGUGCAUAACCUACCUGUUAAUGAUGCCAAUGUUUCUGCUUUAAUGUGCAUGAGGUUUCCACGAACAGGAACCGUUUCAAUUGCGUAUUGUGGACUGAGCACCUGGGAGCGUUCCAGUGCUCUAUUCCUAACUGGGUUGUAGGUUUUAGGGCUUUUUUUUUGUUUCAUUCUGAGGUUAAUUUUUUUUCAACUGUAAUGAAGCACGUCUUACUGUUAUGCGACGAACUUACCACAGAAAGUCACUUUUAGUGUUGGUCCCACCGUUUUUUUUUAAUGCAGUAUAUUCACCUGUAAAUAGUUUUUGUGUAAAAUUUGACAGAAAAGUAUAUUUACUACACUGUAAAUACAUGUGACAAUAUAUUGUAUUAUUUUGCUUUUUUUGUAAAGCAGUUAGUUGCUGUAUAUGUAUAACAUACAAAUUUGAAUAUUCUAGUGUUAGUAACUGUUAACUACUACUACUCCUCCUCUUUCCUGCUGUUGCGUUACGUCAUUUAAAAAGAAAAUGCUGUGUACUAUAAACUUACACUGUGUAUGAUAUCUUACUAUUUCCAUUUGGGCCUCAACUUUGAAACUGUGUCCUUGAUCCACGAUCCUGUUGAGAGCGUAAGCAAGCGUGCGGCAGCUGGCGCGAGCCCUGCUGGAGCGAACGCAGUUGGGAACUGUAGGUAAAAAUGGCAGAAACCUGGGUUCAGGUCAUUGUUGUUCACCCCCUUUUCCCCUCAUGUAUGUACUUUCCCCUUUUUUUGAAGUAAACUGUAAAUUCAACCUGC